AUGUCAAGCUCGUCUCGAAGCUCGCACCAUGCCCACCGCGCCGCGUACGACGGCCCGGCUGGCGACUCGGCCAUGCCCGCCAUCGCCGAGAUCCCUCCGACGCCGCAGGACGCGGACGACGUCCCAGUGUCCUUUCAGCGGCAGCAGCGCAGCCACUAUCCCGAGCGCCUCUCCUCGACAGAGAUCUACCGCAGCCCUCAGCGUGCCGGGCCGAUGCGCUCUGAAGGCCCGAACCACCGCCUGUCGCCGUACCUCCGGCCGCGUCGAGAGGGCUCCUGGGACGGCAGCGACAACAGCUCGGCGAGCAUCUCGGACAUCGGCUCGCCGGCGCUGUCCUCGUCGUCGGGCUGCUACUUUGCGCGCGACGACGCCUCGAGCCGCAGCUCGUGGAGCAACGCCGACUGCGUCGAGCGUGCCGGCGCGCCGUCGCCCAGCUACGAACGACACAGCGACACUCGCCACGUCGAAUCGCAGCGCCAGCGCACACCUCCGCUGCCGCAGCGGCAGACGCCGCAGCCCGUCUCGGUGCUCAUCCCCCGCACCAGCACGACGUCGCACGCGCGCAAGAAGGACCCCAACCACAUCCCGCGCCCGCGCAACGCCUUCAUCCUCUUCCGCAGCCACGCCCACCGCAUCGGCCUCGUGAGCAAGGACGUGACGUCGAACCACUCCAACAUCAGCGUCAUCAUCUCGCACAUGUGGCGCAGCCUGCCCGAGGAGGAGAAGGCGCAGUGGUACCAGGAGGCCGAGCGCGAGAAGGAGGAGCACCGCCAGAUGUACCCCGACUACAAGUUCAACCCCGUGCUGCGCCGCACCGCCGUCGUGCGCCGCAACGUGCGCCGCGAGGAGGGCGACGAGGAGCGCUGCCUCGAGAUCGCCGACCAGAUCCUCAAGCAGUACGGCCGCGAGGGCAUCGUGCGCGUCGCCGACGACCCCGCCGCCGGCAGCGCCGCCGAGCAGAAGGCGGCGCGGCGUGCGGCCACCAAGGCCGCCUCGCGCCAGAAGGCCGCCGCCAUCAAGGCCGAGAGCCCGCGCAAGGCCAGCAAGCCGCGCAAGGCGCAGGCCCGCAGCCACGGCUCGUGCACCUCGUCCGACGGCUCGCCCACGCGCAAGAUGCCGCGUGCGACGAUGCGCCGGUUGGCAAGCGGCAGCGCCACGUCCGGCAGCCAGAGUGCGCCUAGCGCAGCCGAGACGGAGAGAGCCGCACGCCCUGUACCGUCAUCACCGAUGCCGACGGUCGAGGCCGAGGUGCGUUCCGAAGCCGUACCGAGCCCGAAGUACGCGAUGCCCGGCUUCUUCGCCGGCCGUCGCCGCUCCAUCUCCGUGCCUCUGCUCGAGCCAGAGGCUCGCCUCGCACCAGGACCGUGGAAGACGGAGGACGCGCCGCAGAUGGCCCACGCUCGCGACGACGACACCGUCAUGGCAGACGGGCUCGGCCACUGGCAGGACCGUGCGCACCGCACCGUAGACGUGCCCGUCGACGUCGAUCGCGACGAAGCUGCGGCGCCGCGCAGCCCGGCCGCUCUGGGCCACUCGACGGUCCGCAAGGGCCCGCCUGCACCGCUCGCUCUCGGCGCCGCCGAGCACCGCACGUCGCUCUCGCAGGCGCCGAUGCAGGUCGUUGCCGUCCAGUCGCCAGUGGAGCGUCCUCGCCCGCGCAGCGCCGAAGGCGCCACGCCGCUGAGCUCGACGUUCCGCGGCGCCGCCGUCGCCGGGCUGCACUGGCACGGCCUCGGAGGGCACGAGAUGCUCGUCUCGCCCAUGCGCGCUACCUUUGGAGCAUCGCGCCGCCCGAGUGUGUCGGGCUGGCAGCCGUGGGCCGCACGGGCGGUCGAUGUGCCGUCCCGCGGGCGCGGCUUCUCCUUCACCACCGACGUGUCGCGCGCCAUCGAGCAGCAGGACGACGUCCUGUUCGGCCAGGCAGCUCGCAUGGCGGCGGCAUCGAUGGGCGGCCGCUACGACGAGUCGCACCUCUCGCUGUACGACCUUUAUCCGUAUUCGCCGACCAUUGCGCAUGGCGGCCACGGCAGCAUCGGCGCCGUUGCUUCUGCGCCAUCCUCGGGCCUCGACUCCCGCGCGCAGCCGGACUUUGUCGAGAUUGAGCGGUCGCCAGCGGCCGGAGCGUCGACUGCCUCUUACACGUCCAGCCUCGAUGUGGCCGACGUGGCGCCGGGCACGGGUGGCGCGCGCCUGCGCUACCACAUCGACGACGAAGAGAUGUUCACCGAGGGCCCUCGCCCGCCCAUGCCGCCGGCGGCCAACCAGCGCCGCGGCAACCGCCCGCGCAGCACGUCGAGCGCCCCGCCGCCCGAGAGCCUCAUGCCUGCUGCUCGCAGCGAUGGCGCCGUGGCGUGGGACGUGUACAGCGGCCUGCACGUCGGUCGUCCAAUUGAGGCCGACGCGCUCGACGCUGCCUUCUCGCAGCUGCUCAACGUGCCCAUCACACCGCCGUCGGGCAACAGUCCGGCCGGCAUCCACGUUACCUUUGCGCCACUGCAGCAGAGCGCGCCAGCAGCGCCGGCUCCCAGCGUGUCGCCGCUCGCGCUCGCCCUGGCCGACGUGCACUGGGAGGACACUCCCUCGAGUCCCUCGGCGCGCCUUGCCGCACGGCGGCCCUCCAUCCGCACCUGCUCGUCUGAGCGGUACAUCCCGCCCUCUGGCCGCUAAUGAUCCGGGAAAGCUGGCUCUCUCCCAUGCACGACUCUGUCUUCUUCUGCUAUCUUACCUCUUUGGACACGCUCUCGCUAAUGCACCGACCUCGGAUACUUGUGUGUGACGUGCAUAGUUGCGGCCCUGCUCUGCUCACUUCUUCGCCGCAUCCUUCUCCGACAGCUGCACCGCGAUCUUGGUGGCGCCGAGCAGCGCACUGAGCUGGAUGCGCUCUGAGCCGCCGGUGCUCAGGCGAUGCCUGCGAGCUGGGGUCAGCUGGAAGGCCAUGUCACCGCUGGCGGCGGCGCUUACUCGAUCUGGCCCAGCUGGUCCAGCAGGUAUAUCC